AAAUCCGGAGAGAGAGAGAGAGAGGUGAUUUUGAAACGGCUUUUUUUUUCUGCGACGGUCUAUUCUUCUCGCCGGAGUUAACAGCUGUUCUUCUCACAAGUACACUUUCCUCCGUCGGGCAGUUUCCGAUCUCUCGAACCGGUGUUCUUCGUUUUCUGAAACUGAGAAUCUGUGGCUUUUUGAUUUACUGUCUGCUGCUGAAUCAUCAUCAUCAUCAUGUAGCCUGAUCGAUUUGUUCUAGUUUUUAAUCUAUUUGUGUGUUCGUUAGUUUUAAUUUACUUUAUUCUUUGUAAGAUAUCUAUCGAUUUCCCUUCUGAUCCAAUUUCUUCUCAGUCAUGUGCUUCUUGUUAUCUUAGAGGGUUAUGAGAAUUUGUUAUCAUUCUACUUGAAUUGUGCAUCUCUGCUAAUACUAAGCUCAUUUCAAUUAUGGGAAAAAAAAAAUGGAUGAAGAAUAGGCAUAUCUUAUUUUUUCAGAUUACAAUAAUCAUACUAAACACUUGAAUUCUCAUGCCAAUUGAUGAUGCUUUCUUGUUUUCAGUUCUUCGAGAUGAUUGGAUCGUUUCUUACGAGAGGAUUGGUGAUGUUGUUGGGUUAUGCCUACCCUGCGUACGAAUGCUACAAGACUGUUGAAAAGAACAGGCCUGAAAUUGAGCAGCUUCGCUUUUGGUGCCAGUACUGGAUAUUGGUCGCUUGCUUGACAGUCUUUGAGAGAGUUGGUGAUGCCUUUGUUUCAUGGGUUCCAAUGUACAGUGAAGCUAAGUUAGCAUUCUUCAUCUACCUGUGGUAUCCUAAAACCAGGGGCACUACCUAUGUCUACGAGUCCUUCUUUAGGCCAUAUCUCUCACAGCAUGAAAGGGACAUAGACCAUAGUUUGUUGGAGCUAAGGACAAGAGCUGGAGAUAUGGCUGUUAUAUAUUGGCAACGAGUUGCAAGCUAUGGUCAGACCAGAAUCUUUGAGAUUCUCCAGUAUGUUGCUGCACAAUCAACUCCAAGGCCGCAGCAGCAACCUCAGAGACGUGGAGGCAGAGCUAAUCAAGUUCAUGUUAAGCCUAAGAAAUCCCCUAACGUUCAACCAGAAUCUGAAGAAAUAGCGUCGUCUAGCUCAUCUUCAAGCGACAGUGACGGUAAUGAUGCUACCGGUAAAGAAGCAGGCCCUUCUAAAGUUACUUCUAGACCAGCCACAGAUACCAAAAGCGCGGGUAUCACUCAGUUUGUAGAAAAGUUAGUCUCUUCCCCCUCAACCCAAUCAACCACCCAAGCGGAAGCGGAACCAAUGCAGAUAGAAGAAGUGGAAGCAGAAGGGGAAGCGGAAUCACUGAAUGGAAACUCGAACCCGGAAGUUCCAAAGGAGACGGUAAUGGAGCAGACAAUCAGGAUGACUCGUGGGAGGUUGAGGAAGACGAGGUCAGAGGAAAGCCGUUGAAAUAAAAGGUUCCAAAAAUUGUUAACUAAUUUCAUUACACUUGCCUCUUUGUCUCUAUGCUGCUUCUAGAAUUAUGUCGACAGGAACUAAACUAGUGGGGAUGCUUGUAUGAAAAGUAAAUCUGCAUGUUCUUUUCUUUCUUUUAUUCAAUUCGUUGCGUUAGGUGUAGCAAUGGCACUCUUUGUUUUGUUUG